GUCGACCAUAUGUCCUGCAGAUAUAUGUCUUUAUUGCUGCUACCUAAUCAAUGAUUUAUCAAGGAGAUCAAAUUCAUGUUGUCACGAGGAACCGAUAUUUUAAGGAUUGGAUUGAGCAACUUAAGGAACAUGAAACAUAUGCCAUUUAUAAUGGAGAACCAAUGGCUAAUGAUGGCCCUUUAAAAGUUUGUUCCCAUAGCCUUAAACUUGUCUUCAAUGGAGGAACAACAAUUUCAAAUAUUAUCAUACCAAAGAUACCUCCACACCAGUUCAAGUAUAAGGCUAUUGGAGAUUUUCUCAAUGGCCAUUUCCAAAAUGAUAUGUUAUAUGAUGUUAUUGGAAUUUUACAAGAUGUCGUGAAAACUCAAUUGGGUGAUGGUGGUACGAAAUCUUACGCCAAUAUCAUGCUGCAUGAUGAUGUUGCUAAAUAUGUGAUUCAUCGAUUCAAUCAACCAACAAAAGUUGGACUAGGCCGAAUGAGGUCAAGACUAUUAUUCAUAUCAAUGAAUUGGGAAAGGAUUGUUUUGCCACAACAAUUGGGACUAUAAAAAGAUUCAAAGCCUCUAAGUUUGGAUGGUAUUUUAAGUCUUGCCCUGGUUUCAAAACCGCUAACAAGUCAUGUGGUUAGAAUUUUGAGUACAUUUGUGGAGUGAAGGAUGUUGAACCUAUCACUAAGUAAGCUACCAAUGAUAUAUACAUCUAUGCCCUCUUAUUUAUUCACAUGCUGAAUUUUUUUAAGUCAAUUCAUUUUCUUCAUUUUUUAGAUUCAAAAUAGAAGUUAAGGUUAAGUAUGACAACCAUGUUAGGUGCUUUGUGUUUUGGGAUAAUGAUUGUAUCCCUUUCAUUGAAAUGACGACUAGAGAGUUAAGACAACUCAUGAAGGAGGUAUUCACUUUAAAACCAACAAUGCAUACUAUUUCAUUUUUUCUUCAAGUUCUGCUAUUUAACAUUGAAACUAUGAUUGUCGCCUAGGCUGGAGAGGAUAAACCUAAAAUACAUCUGGCACAGCUCGACAAACUGUUGAACAAAGAUUUAGCAUUUAGAAUCAAGUAUCGAUCUUUUUUCCAAUAAUACUCAAUUGUGACAAUCAUUAAGGAUGAUAAUGUUUACAAUACCUUGAAUAACUUGCUUAACCCUAGUGAGUUACACACGAUUUCUGUGUAUAUAUCUAUUUUAGAUUGAGUCAGCAUCAUUUUCAAAUUCUAUAACAAUAUUUUCUACUCAAUCUAAAUAAUGACUUCAUAUUUUUUGUUCAGCAUACUUCAAAUGUUAUUGUUUUGAACAUUGACACAUCCAUACCAAUGGAAGUUCAAGAUUAACCUAUUGUAUACCCUCUAUUAUGUUCCAACUAUUUCAUUUUGGUUUGCAUCAUCCUCCUUCUAUCUAAAUGUACAUAAUUGUUAUAUUUUUUAUAUGUAGGUGACACCGUCUGCUAAACAUACCAACUCUGCUCAACCAUCCAUAUCUGCCAACCAAACUAGGAGUCCAUCAACCAGCUCCAUCAACAUCCCUGCUAAAAGGGUUGUUAUUUCAACAUCUCUUGAUGAACUUUUCCUAAAUUACGACCUAACUCCUAAGCAAUCCACCACUAAAGUUAAUCACCUAAAGAAGGAGUGAUCUUAUGGCCAUACCAUUGUAAGCCUCACCUUUUUUUGGUUUGUAUUGUUUUGUUGACACCAUUCGUGUAAGGAUUGAUUCCAACCCCUAAGCUGUAAUAUCGUUUUAGUGUGUCAUUAUCCAGGUUUUAUUUUUGAUUUAACUUGAACUCAUCAUCUCAUGGAUUAAUGAUUUUGUAAUGAGACUACCAACUUUAAUGUUGCUCUUUCUUUCAUAUUGUUGUGUCUUAAUUCCAUCGUUUAUACGUCUUAUGACUAUAUUAUGUUUGGUGACGUUGUUGAUUUAUAUUUCCACCAGUUCAUGUUUCAC